UUUGUCACAAGAAUAUACUUCCCUGCCUCUCUGUACAAAUACAACCUUGAACAUGAACUUGCACAAUCCGUUCCUAAUUAAAUUCCUGAUUAUCUUUAUCAGCUUGGAAGGUUCCAUGUCCAUGGAUUACACGAUUCAUGGUUUUUUGGGAAGCCAAAUUAUUCUUCCCAUAUACAAUAAUAGUGGCAAACCAUAUUUUAUACGGUGGACUAGGGACUCUACAUUUAUUGCAGAUCGUGCAAGUAAUAAUAUACCAACAGCAGAAUCGGAAUCAAAGAAAUACCAUGUAUUUCCUGAUGGAAGCCUGAAAAUAAAUACAUUGGAGAAAAAGGAUGCUGGAAGUUACAAAGUGAACACAUAUAAUGAAACUGGCUACUUUCAAUUGCAGCAAUCAGUUACUUUGCAAGUUCGUGAACUCUUGCCUCAGCCAAAACUCACUGCGUUUUGCUCCAAAAGAAUACUGGAAUGUGAAGUGAAAUUCUCUGAAAAACCCAGAUUUAAAUUGUUUCAAAAUACUCAAGAAAUUGAAACUUUUCAAGGACCAGUAUAUGACAAUGUGACAUGGAAGGUGACAUUGCAAUUAAAAGUCCUUUCUGGAAAAUUCAGAUGUGAGGUUGACGUUAAUUCUGACAAGACUCAUACAGAGAAAAUAAUAUGUCAAGGUAUUAAUCCUAACUUGCUAACACACGUACACAUAUGCACGCACAUACUUUCUUAUGAAUUUGUCUGUGUUUUACAUUUCCCUCAUUCAGUACCUAUGUUCCUCAUCUUGACAAUCACAGGAGGUGUAGUCACAUUGAUCAUCUUUAUGGCUCUGAUUAUUUAUUGCAUCAAAAAGAAGAAAGCAAAAAGACAUGAACGGGAAGCUCAGGAGCAUGCCUUGCAAGUCCAGAUUGAGGAUCACAUGAAAUAUAGGAAACUUCCUCAGACUCCAGUUCGUUCUGCCUCUAAUCCACCACCUCAAAAAAGCAUGUUGCCUCCAUCUCAUUCUGAACUGCAACAGCAGAACGGUCCCCCUCCACCCAAAUCAUGCCCUCAUCCGAAACCACCCCGGCGCAUGAAAGAAAGACCUUAAGUAUUGUUGUGUUGCACACUUACUAUGGAGGAAAUGCUUAUACUCCCCAUACUUGCAGGGCAAUUUCUGUGAAGUCCCUGUGCUGCAGUGCAUAGCCAGCCAACUCUGAGCUGGCUUAAAGUGUGGUUCUUGGCAAACAGAAUAGUUAAGAGACAAAAUCAGAAGAUUCAGAGUGACUCAUUACUCCUGCAUACAAAGCUAUAUCGGAUUUCAAGACUAGAGAGGCCUUGGCUUAUUUUAAUGAUAGUAUGACUGCCAUUUCCUUCAAGCAAUUUAAAUAUUUUCUUGUAUUCCUUAUUGUUUUAUGUUUCAUUCCUAAUCAUUUUAAAGGUUUUGCACUAUAUUUUUGUAAUACAUACAUACAGAGAACUAUAUUUCAAGCAAUAAAAAGAAGACAAUUGAGCAGAAAUAACAACACAGCAUGUACUAUGAGAAUUGAUAUUUUUUUCAGUUAUGAGGAAAGCCUACUAGAAUCUACUUUGGACUUUACUUCUACAGUACAUGCCAUUUGUAAAGACUGUGGGUAUUGAUUGUUACAAAUAUUUGUGCUGUUUAGAAGAAAUAGAUAUAAAAUACUCUUCUCAGGGGGAGGUAGGAACAUUGAUGCUUGUGGAGGAAUGUGAACAGAAAAAAGUGAUCUGCUUCUUCAUUACAAGACUAAAAUGAUUGUGCAGCUAUCUUCCCACUUCCCAGGUGGCCACAUGGAGAAAUCUGGAGAUUCAACUCCAGCUUGAAUAUCUAAA